GCUUCGAUUGCAGCCGUCCAUACGAGAAUGGAUGGUUGAGAUCGUGAUGGAGCGCUUCUUGUAGAGAAGGAGCAGGAGAACGGGAGGAAGUGGCAUUCUCCGUGCAGAGAUGCUCGCUCGCCGUCGCCGCCAUGGCCUCCUCCUCCCACCCCUCUCCACCGCCGCACUCUCCACCCUGCCCCCGGUUGCCGCCCACGAUGCCGCGGCCCGCGACCCGGGCGCGCUCGCCCCCGACGACGCCAUCGCGGCGCUCCCCUCCGUCGCGGACGCCGACGGCUCCGCGGCGGCGCUUGCGCUGUUCCGCCGCCUCGCGUCCCGCCCGGACACGCGCUGCCUCAUGCGGCUCUACGUCACCGCCGCAACCACGUUCGUCGCGAGGGGGAGCGUCCCCAUGGCGCACGAGGUCAUGCGGCGCAUGGUGGCCGCCUUUGGCGAGGCCGGCAGGCUCCCGGAGGCCGCCGACAUGGUCCUCGAGAUGCGUAGCCAUGGGCUCCCGCUCUGCGUCGAGACGGCGAACUGGGUUCUGAGGGUCGGGCUGGAGAACCGGAGCUUCGGCUACGCGCGCAAGGUGUUCGACGGAAUGACGCGGGCCGGGGUGUGCCCUGAUGCGCGCAGCUUCCGGGCGCUGGUGUUGGUGUGCUGCCGGGAGGGAAAGGUGGAUGAGGUUGACGCCUUGAUGAAGACAAUGUGGCGUUGUGGGUUCUCCCUGGACAAUGCGACGUGCACGGUGGUCGUGCGAUUGCUCUGUGAGAAGGGACGGUUUAAGGAUGUGUCUGAGUUCUUCAAGAGAAUGUUGGAGAUGGGCACGCCACCAAACGUGGUGAAUUACACUGCAUGGAUUGAUGGGUUGUGCAAGAGACGCUAUGUAAAGCAAGCCUUCCAUGUGCUGGAGGAGAUGGUUAGAAGAGGAUUGAAGCCAAAUGUGUACACGCACACAACGUUGAUUGAUGGGCUCUGCAAGAUUGGGUGGACGGAGAGGGCAUUCCGGCUUUUCUUGAAGCUCAUCAAGAGUAGCUCAUACAAGCCAAAUGUCCACACGUACACUGUGAUGAUCGGAGGGUAUUGCAGGGAGGGAAAGCUUGCUCGCGCUGAGAUGCUGAUGGGGAGGAUGGUUGAGCAGGGGUUGGAACCAAAUACAAACACAUACACUACACUGAUUGAUGGGCACUGCAAGGGGGGCAGCUUUGAUCGUGCAUUUGAACUAAUGAAUAAGAUGAAGCAGGAAGGAUACCUACCUAAUAUUUACACAUACAAUUCUGUCAUUGAUGGCUUAUGCAAGAAAGGAUGGAUUCAAGAGGCUUAUAAGGUGCUCCGAAUGGCCACUAGUCAGGAUCUCCAGUUUGAUAAGGUAACAUAUACUAUACUGAUGACUGAGCACUGCAAAAAAGGUCACAUAACAUAUGCUCUAGAUUUGUUCAAUCGGAUGGUGGAAAAGGGUUGUCAUCCUGAUAUAGAAGCAUACACUAGCCUCAUUUGUACAUACUGCCAACAGGGACAAAUGGAAGAAAGUCAGAAGCUGUUUGACAAAUGUCUUACAUUAGGAUUAGUGCCAACCAAACAAACUUAUACAUCAAUGAUUGCAGGAUAUUGCAAAGUGGGCAGAUCAACCUUGGCUUUGAGGAUCUUUGAAAGGAUGGUUCAAAAUGGAUGCCUUGCAGACUCUAUAACUUAUGGUGCUCUAAUAAGUGGUCUCUGCAAAGAAUCAAGGUUAGAGGAAGCAAAGGCAUUAUAUGAAGGCAUGCUUGACAAACGUUUGGUGCCAUGUGAAGUAACUCGUGUCACUUUAGCUUUUGAAUAUUGUAGGAAGGAAAAAACAAGUGUUGCUGUAUCAGUCUUGGACAGAUUGGACAAACGGCAGCAGGCUCACACAGUAGAUGUACUAGUUAGAAAGCUCAGUGCCUUGGGAAAUGUGGAUGCUGCAAGUCUGUUUCUUAAAGAAGUUCUGGAGAGGGAUUGUGCUGUUGACCAUGCAACUUAUACUGGCUUCAUCAAUUCUUGUUAUGAAAAUAAUAGAUAUGCCCUAACUUCUGAAAUGUCUGAAAAAUUCUCAAAGAAAUCUCUAGCUUUCAAGAAAAGAGAUAAUCUAGCCACAGCCAUUGCUUGAUAGAAAGGGUGGUGCAUUGCUUCUACUGACGCUGACAAGAAAUUCACAGUAAUUCGUGAUGUGCCUCUUUACAUGCUGCCAUAUUAAUCAGUUCAAGGUCAAAACCUGACUUUCCCAAAUGGACUGGAAGAGAACCUGAAGACAGUAAUGACAUCUUCUUUGCAUA